AACCGAGAAGGGACUAUGGCAUCAAACAGCCUGUUCAGUUCAGUGACACCAUGUCAGCAAAACUUCUUUUGGGAUCCCAGCACCAGCCGGAGGUUCAGCCCCCCCUCCAGCAGCCUGCAGCCUGGCAAGAUGAGCGAAGUCAGCCCGGUCGUAGUAGCCCAACAGCAGCAGCAACAGCAGCAGCAGCAGCAAGAAGCGGCGGCCGCCGUGCCCAGGCUGCGCCCCCACGAUAACCGCACCAUGGUGGAGAUCAUCGCUGACCACCCGGCCGAGUUGGUCCGCACCGACAGCCCCAACUUCCUCUGCUCCGUCCUGCCCUCGCACUGGCGCUGCAACAAGACCCUCCCGGUGGCAUUCAAGGUGGUGGCCUUAGGAGAAGUGCCUGAUGGGACGGUGGUCACUGUCAUGGCUGGAAAUGAUGAGAACUACUCCGCGGAGCUGCGAAACGCUUCUGCAGUGAUGAAGAACCAGGUGGCCAGAUUUAAUGACUUGCGAUUUGUGGGCCGAAGUGGAAGAGGGAAGAGCUUUACUUUGACAAUAACUGUCCUGACAAAUCCCCCCCAAGUCGCUACGUACCACAGAGCUAUAAAGGUUACAGUGGAUGGGCCGAGGGAGCCAAGAAGGCACAGACAGAAGCUUGAUGACUCUAAACCUAGUUUGUUCUCUGAACGCCUCAGUGAUUUAGGGCGCAUUCCUCAUCCCAGUAUGAGAGUAGGGGUCCCGACCCAGAGCCCACGGCCCUCUCUGAACUCUGCACCAAGUCCUUUUAAUCCACAAGGACAGAGUCAGAUUACAGACCCCAGGCAGGCACAGUCAUCACCGCCAUGGUCCUAUGACCAGUCUUACCCAUCCUACUUGAGCCAGAUGACUUCACCGUCCAUUCACUCUACAACUCCCCUGUCCUCCACUCGAGGCACAGGACUUCCAGCUAUCACCGAUGUGCCCAGACGCCUCUCAGGUGCUUCAGAGCUGGGCCCAUUUUCAGAUCCCAGGCAGUUCACAAGCAUUUCAUCCCUCACUGAGAGCCGCUUCUCCAACCCACGAAUGCACUAUCCAGCCACCUUUACCUAUACACCGCCAGUCACCUCAGGCAUGUCACUGGGUAUGUCCGCAACCACUCACUACCACACCUACCUACCACCACCUUACCCCGGCUCUUCCCAAAACCAAAGUGGACCUUUCCAGACCAGCAGCACUCCAUAUCUCUACUAUGGCACUUCAUCAGGAUCAUACCAGUUCCCCAUGGUGCCAGGAGGGGACCGUUCCCCUUCCAGGAUGCUUCCUCCGUGCACCACCACGUCCAACGGCAGCACGCUGUUAAACCCUAACUUGCCUAACCAGAGUGAUGGUGUGGAGGCGGAUGGCAGCCACAGCAGCUCCCCAACCGUCUUGAAUUCUAGUGGCAGAAUGGAUGAGUCCGUUUGGAGGCCGUACUGAGAUUUCUUCCGUAGCCGGCCCGACCUCCACCAACCAAAAAAACCAAACCCAAACAAAGCCCAAACAAAUGGUCGACUAACUACGA